AUGCCUAUCGAUUACAGCCGAUUUGACGCGAUCGAGGUGAGCGACGAUUCCGAUAUCGAAGUUCACCCCAACGUGGACAAGCGGUCUUUCAUCCGAGCGAAGCAAAACCAGAUCCACCAGGAGCGUCAACAGAGGAAGAACCGCAUUGCGGCACUCAAGUAUGAGCGUAUCAUCAAUAGUGCCCUGCUGGGCCGGAUAAUAUCUCUCUUGGACUCGCUCAAGUCCCACGCUUCCGAGGCUACGACUGGAAACCAGGCCGAGAUUGCUUUCAAGGCCGUCUUGUCUGCCGCCGGAAACCCCAAAGACGACCAGCCGCCCCCGCGACCAGAGGGGGUCUUCAGCGAUGACCAGCCUCUUCCUACAUACUCGAAAAUGAUGAUGCAACUAUUGGACCAAGUGAACAAGACCCUUGAGGAGAAGAAGCCCGAUGAUCGGUAUGCCGCAAUGAUGGAAGAGAUUCAGGAGCACGUGGAUAAGAUCAAGGAGCUGCAGAAGGAACAGGCAAAGGAGCUGGAGACACUCGAGAAGGAAGAAGGGAAGAAGAUUACGAGCGACAGCAUCCAUGAUGGGUUCAACAGUUCAUAUGUGAACAAGGCAGGGCCGUCGGAGAAGAAGGAGGACACCAAGGUGGAGCUGCUGAAUCCUAACUUUUCCACCUCUGCAUCGGCAUCAGGAGCGUCUUCAUCAGACAAGGUCGCGGUGGACGAUGAUGACGAAGUGGAAGCGUCGCCUACCGCCAAGAAGUUUUCGGAGAUUGGUGUCAACGAAUACCAGGCCAGUUUGAAGUUCCUGGCUCAGCACCCAGAGAUCUUGACGGAGCGUGAGACGGACGGAUUGCUUGUGCUUGCGUUUGACGCAGCCCUGGAGCGCAAGGACGACUUGGCUCGUCAAUGCGUUCACCAGGCGCUCUUGCUGCAAUACUGCCGUGCGCUGGGCAAGGAUGGCGUUGCGCUCUUCUUCAAGCGAAUCACGACCAAAGGACACCAAGCACAAGAUGUCUUCUAUAAGGAUGUCCAGGAGACAUACAUGAGAAUCAAGAACAGGUCGGCUGAGAUCAUCGCCGAGAGGGCCAAGGAGCCGACAGAGGUCGAGCAGAUUCAACUACAUGCCAUGGAGCCUGGUACUACGAUCCAGAUCAGAGUACCCCCCGCCGACACCGAGGACCCAGAUGACCAGGCGGCCCGGAAGAUUUUUGAUAGCUUUGCCCCCGAUAUGAAGAAGGCACUGGAGUCUGGCGAACUGGAUGAGGUCAACAAGGUGCUGGGGAACAUGAAGGUCGAGGACGCGGAGGAGUUGGUUGGUCUCUUUGGCGAGGCCAAUAUUCUUAGCCUCGAAGAGGAGCUGAUUGAUGCCACGACUGAAGAAGGACAGAGACAGCUCAGAGAAAUGGAAGCAGCAGCAGCAGCCGAGAGAGAGGCCCAGAGAGAGGAGGUGGGCGAUCCUGAGUGAAGAUGACUUGUACCGACUCACCGGUUCACCGUGUUACUGGAGGGAAAGAUUGAAAAGCACGAGAGGGUAACGCUUGCAGGAUGAUGAUGAUACCAACCAAAGGAAUGGAAAUGCGUGGGAUCAAUCAAUCAAAUGGGAUACUUUUCGAGUUAUUUGGCAAAUAUUUCGUCGAGGUUCGCCUUGCAUGGGUUGACAGCUAAAAGAUAUGUAAUAAUAGGGACCAAAAGGCACAUGCGGGCUGUGUUUCCUGCCAAG